AUGCCACGAGCUGAUCCGGCAUGCCUGACAUGUCGGGAAAAAUGCCGUAAGUGCGAUCGUGGUCGACCAAGCUGUGAACGCUGUAUUUCCAAAGGGUUGGUAUGUGGAGGAUAUCCAGAGCAGUUCAGAUUUUGUGGUAUUGCUAGUCGGGGAAAGUGGAAGGGAGCACGUAUACCGGUCAGCAACAGGGCUUCUAUCAGAGAACAGUCUUCCGCGACGGAAGGGCUAUCGGACAGUCUCGCAGGAUCGACCUCGGUGGCCAUGGCUGAAGAAAACUCGAGAUCCCCAACUAAAGAAUCAUCUAUCUCAGAUGAUUCUAACCAGCCGCUGGCAGAGCUCUCAGAUGACAUUAGCGCGGUCCUCGUACAACCUCUCACAGAGAGGCUACUAAGGCAUUACGAUCAAGUCAUCUGUCCUCAUCAAAUAGCCGAGGUCGGGGACAAUGACAACAACCCAUAUAGAGCAUUUAUUCUUCCCUUAGCACGGAAACAGAUAGGUCUAUUAUACGCUGUUCUGGGCCUAUCAGCCUCCCAUCUUGGUAGGUUGAUGGAGGAUGAAACAAUGCACGAGGCUACCGCCGUCGAAUAUCGAUUGAAAGCGAUACGCGCACUGAGCGGAGAGAUUCGAAAGAGUCAGCGGACGUCGCUGCGAGAAGAGGAACAGGACACAGUCCUCGCCAUCAUCCAACUUUUGCUACUCCAUGAUAUAAGCGAGUCCGGGGUGUCUUCCCAUGGAAUUCAUAUCACGGGAGCCAUGUCCGUGUAUAAACAAUUGAUCGCCAACGGAUUGAAUGGUAUUCGCCAGCGUGCGGUCUUCUUUUUGGGGAACUUGGCCUGGCUUGACAUCGUCCGAGCUUUUUCCGGCGCGGAGCGGAUGUGCUUUACUCAGGAAGUCAGAGACCUGGUCGCCUGUGCCAGCGACAACAUGUUUGAACAGGUCAAUGGGGUUCCACGCGAGAUCUUUCUCAUCAUAGGCGAUGCGUUGGAGAAGUCGAAGGAACACAUGUUAGGCUGGCUAUCAUGGGAUGAGUAUCAACUUGCCUUGCACGUGAACAAACAAAAGCUUUAUUCGUGGGACCCCCAUUGCAGGUCCUAUCCUACAUCAGACCCAUUGUGGCUGGCUAUAGCGGAGGCUCACAAGUUUGCUUGUGUGCUGCGCAUAUUACGCUUAAUGAGUCCGCUUCGACCGGCUCGCGACUCGGAGAUACAAGAAUGUGUAACAAAGAUCCUUGACGUGACAGCGAUGAUCUCUUCUGAUUGCUCUGUCAUAGAGCUUGUGGUAUUGCCGCUCUUCAUGGCCGGAGCAGACUGUCUGUCGCCUCAUUCGCGGUACUAUAUCUUGGGAAGAUUGCGCGAAAUUGAGAGAAGGUCAGAAUUCCGAAAUCCGGUACCGAACGACUUGUUGAAAAAGGUCUGGGACGCACGCGCGGCUCAAGCUCCUGAUGAUGAUACGAACAUUUCGUGGACAACUUUUACGCAGGCGCCCGGUUUAGUACGGCCACAUGACUAUCUUAUACUUUGA